ACCUUUGAAGCAUGAGUUCCGAGCAGCAGAAGCAGCCCUGUGCCCCACCCCCUCAGCUUCAGCAGCAGCAGGUGAAACUGCCUUGCCAGCCUCCACCCCAAGAACCAUGUGUCCCCAAGGUGCCUGAGCCCUGCCACCCCAAAGUGCCUGAGCCCUGCCACCCCAAGGUGCCUGAGCCCUGCCACCCCAAGGUACCUGAGCCCUGCAACCCCACGGUGCCUGACCCCUGCCCCCCAACGGUCACUCCAGCACCAGCCCAGCAGAAGACCAAGCAGAAGUAA